AUGUCAAAGGAGCAAGCUCAAGCGGCUAGCUCACAGGAUUCGAACAACACAAUCAAUCUCUCUCAGCCAGCCCAUACUCUCACCUUCCAUGAUGUUCUCAAUCAGUUGGGUACAAACUGCGAGGAUGGCCUCACGUCCGCCGAGGCUAAACAACGCCUCACUCAAUAUGGCGAAAACAUGCUAGAGGGAGACGAAGGGGUCUCGUUUGCCAAAAUUUUCAUUCGACAGAUUGCCAAUGCAAUGAUGCUAGUUCUGAUUAUCGCGAUGGCCGUCUCCUUCGGUAUCCAGAGCUGGAUUGAGGGCGGAUUCAUUGCGGCAGUGAUUGCUCUGAAUGUCGUCGUUGGAGUCUACCAAGACCUCGCAGCAGAGAAAACCAUGGGCUCGCUACGAUCUCUCAGUUCCCCAACAGGUGUGGUAUCCCGCGACGGUAAAACGUCCACUGUCCCAGCCACCGAGAUUGUUCCUGGCGAUAUGGUCGAGCUGAAAGUGGGAGAUACUGUGCCGGCUGAUCUCAGACUGGUGGAAGCAUUUAAUUUCGAAACCGACGAAGCACUCCUAACAGGCGAAUCCCUGCCCGUCCAGAAAGAUGCCGACACCCAAUUCGACUCGGACACCGGCCCCGGCGACAGACUCAACAUCGCAUACAGUUCAUCAACUGUUACUCGCGGGCGCAGUCGCGGUGUGGUGGUAGGCACCGGAAUGAUGACGGAAAUCGGCGCCAUAGCUGCGGCUUUGCGCGGAGGUAAUUCCAAGCGCCGGCCAGUUAAGCGUGAUGCUCAGGGCGAAACUAAAAAGCGUUGGUACAUCCAGGCAUGGACCCUGACUACCACCGAUGCCAUUGGGCGGUUCCUGGGCAUCAAUGUCGGCACGCCUUUGCAACGCAAGUUAUCGAAGCUGGCGCUUCUACUUUUUGGAAUUGCGGUGAUCUUUGCGGUUAUUGUCGAAGCCGCUAAUGAUUGGCGGAGUGACCGAGAGGUUAUUAUUUAUGCCGUUGCCACGGGUCUGGCUAUGAUUCCCGCUUGUUUGGUGGUUGUCUUGACGAUCACCAUGGCGGCAGGAACUAGGCAGAUGGUGAAGAAGCACGUUAUUGUGCGUAAGCUGGAUUCACUCGAGGCUCUCGGUGCAGUCACGAAUAUCUGCUCUGACAAGACUGGAACUCUGACUCAAGGGCGAAUGGUUGCCAAGCGAGCAUGGCUUCCCUCUGAGGGGACUUAUUCCGUUGGAUCGUCUAACAAUCCGCUCAGUCCGGAGGAAGGCGAAAUGAGUUUGAUUGCAGAGAUGCCGACCCAGCUUGCUCCCGAGUCUAAGGCCAACAUUGCGCAGCCAGAGGAAUUAUUAAAAGACAAUGAGGCUCUCAAGUCGUUUCUCAACGUUGCUGCGAUGGCAAAUCUUGCUCAUCUUCACAAAUCUUCCGACGACCAAUGGCACGCUCGGGGCGAGCCCACGGAUAUUGCGAUCCAAGUAUUCGCGCAUCGCUUCAACUGGGGACUUGGUGGUUGGACUCAAGGCGACAAUCCCAUCUGGAAGCAAAAGGCCGAGUAUCCUUUUGAUUCCAGUGUGAAGAAGAUGUCUGUCAUCUUUUCCAACGACGAAGAAGGAUCCGAUAUGAUCUUCACGAAGGGUGCUGUGGAACGAGUUCUCGAUGCGUGCUCGACCAUCACAUGGGAAGCGGGUGCUGCCCCGGUUCCUUUGAGCGAUGAAACCAGAGAAAUAAUUCUUGAAAAUAUGGAAGCGCUUGCCAGGGAAGGGCUUCGAGUUCUUGCGUUAGCGGGUCGAGAGCACAAUCCCAGCCCUGAGAGCAAAAAAGGGCAGGAUCCACUUCCAAGAGAAGAGGUCGAGAAAGACCUCGUCUUCUACGGACUGAUCGGCCUCUAUGAUCCUCCUCGACCCGAAACCGCGGGGGCAAUUGCCCAAUGCUAUAAGGCCGGCAUCUCGGUGCACAUGGUGACGGGGGACCACCCAGGCACAGCACGGGCAAUUGCCGCGCAGGUCGGAAUCAUCCCUUCAAACAUGGAGAUGCUCGCCAAAGACGUUUCUGACGCGAUGGUGAUGACGGCUGGCGAGUUCGACAAGCUGACUGAAGACGAGAUUGACCGUCUGCCAACCUUGCCGUUGGUGAUUGCUCGCUGCGCACCAAACACCAAGGUUCGAAUGAUCGAAGCCUUGCAUCGUCGGGGUAAAUAUGUGGCUAUGACCGGCGAUGGUGUGAACGACUCGCCGUCGCUCAAGAGAGCUGAUGUCGGUAUUGCAAUGGGUGAAAAUGGGUCGGAUGUGGCCAAGGAUGCUUCGGAAUUGGUGCUUACAGAUGACAACUUUGCCAGUAUGAUACAGGGUAUAUCUGAGGGCCGCCGAAUCUUUGACAAUAUUCAGAAAUUCGUCCUGCAUCUUCUGGCAGAAAACGUGGCCUUGGGGUUGAUUUUGCUUGUUGGGCUCGCGUUUAAGGACGAGAGCAACCAAUCUGUGUUUCCCAUUGCUCCAGUGGAAAUUAUCUGGAUCAUCAUGGUCACCUCAGGACUACCCGACAUGGGGCUUGGCAUGGAAGAAGCAGCGCCGGAAGUCAUGGACAGACCACCACAAAGUAAACAAGGAAUAUUCACCUGGGAAGUAAUCAUCGACACAUUGGUAUACGGCGUGUGGAUGGCAGCUCUCUGUCUAAGUGCCUUCUCACUUGUCCUCUAUGGAUGGGGCGACGGAAAUUUAGCGCAGGGCUGCAACUCCAAUUAUGAAGACAUCUUCAACGACUUCCAGUGUGACACCGUUUUUCGCGCGCGUGCAACGACAUUCACCUGCAUGACUUGGUUCGCACUAUUCCUCGCAUGGGAGAUGAUGAAUCUCCGCCGAAGCUUCUUCCAGAUGCAGCCCGACUCGAAGAAGUAUUUCACGCAGUGGAUGCAUGACGUUUGGAGGAACCGCUUUCUUUUCUGGGGCAUCAUGUCAGGAUUCGUACUUGCAUUUCCCAUUCUGUAUAUCCCUGUGCUUAACAGAGAUGUGUUCAAACACACUGGGAUCUCAUGGGAAUGGGGCAUCGUUUUCGUGGAAACUUUUCUGUUUUUCCUGGGCGUUGAGAGUUGGAAGUGGUGCAAGCGGAUUUGGUUCCGUCGCCAAGAGAGCAAGGCGAAGAAAGGCGAAGGAGCGCAUGGUACUGGUGAGAGCCGUGGUCUCCAGGAUUUCAGUCGAUAUACCACUAUGAGCCGAUCUGAGACUCAGGCAACUGAUGAUGUGAAGGCUGAGAAAUCGAUGGUUUAG